UGUUGCAGGCAGCGUGGAAUCAGAGCGCGCGAGCGUAUGGAGGAGAGCGUGCACGAGUGAGCUAUUGGGGUUCCCAAAUAACGGGAACAAGCAGACAGAGCAAAACACGCAGGCGGAUGGACGAAAGGAUAGGCAAGUGAUCUUAAAACCCGGCAACGCAACGAGCUCUUUCCCCGGAUGUUUUCGUUCAUUAUUUGUUUGCUUACCUGAUUUAGUUAUUUAUAGAUCGAUCGCGUUUUAAUUACUGGCUUGUGACAAGGUGCGCGAGAGGAGGGGCGAGCACGUUGAGUUGCCUUAUUUUUGUAUGGAUUUUUUUUUAACGAGCGAAAGCAAUGCCAUUUUAACACACGUUUAGUGACUUUGCAUGAAUGAAUGUGUAGCCCGUAGCAAACAAGGAAGAGAGCUAUAGUGGAGCUAGACCAAAUCAAUUCACCAAAAAAUGCACCUUUAGCCAAGUAAUAACACAAUAUCCGCUGUCUUUUGUACGUUUAGAGUCAGGGUGUGAAAUGUUUUGUCUUUAUUAGAACAAAUGCAGACACGUCCGUUUAUUUUACAAGCAUAUAACGUUAACCAAAGUUAAAGCGACUGCGACCCUAGGGGCGAAGCAGGCCGGCCGAACAUACAUACUGGAGAUAUGCAGUCCUCAACGUUCGUUAGAUAAAUCUACGCGUUUGAGUGACAGAUAUAAACAUUAUGCCAAACCGAACUAUUAUACCAAAUACUGCAGCUUAAUACCAAAACAAUUAGACAAGCGUUAAAGUAAAAGUGAAGAUAAAAUAGCCCACGUUUGUCUUGUUCCAUUCAGUCUAUCCGCCUGUGUGCACGCUGGAAAAACACAGACUGUGCGCAAUUUGAGUAUCUAUGCACGUAGACCAAAAGUAUAUUCAAGUUAAUAGAAAACCAAAAAAUAUAUCAUGUAACUAUUACUAUUACGAAUCAGCCUGUUUUAUCCCGGAAUUGCUGAAAGCUCUCUACCAGGAACGCAGACGGGACCAAGCGUGUUAAAAGUCUCUUAAACUACUGCUAAUAUUGAAAAGAGAAAAAGAAAACAGCUCAUAAGAACAAGCCAAGAAGACGGAGGAUCAUGUUUGUUCCUUUGCCGGUGCCGUUUGUUUUGCCGAGAAGCGCAUCUGAUCUCCACGCCUGGCACCUCAGGUCCCCGCUGGCUCUCCGCUCCCACUCCGAUAUCAGAAUGUCAAAACCAGUAGAGGUUGAGAAUCCAGCAGCAGACUCUCCGAUGGAGAGCACAGACUCGGAGAGAAAUGUCUCAGAUACUAAUAAUCAGGUUCAGUCAAUGAAAAUCAAUCCCUACUCCCUUUCCCCUACACUGGUCAAUGCCACCAAGGCUAAGGUGGAAGAUUGUGGUGAAAUGUCUCCAGCUCCCGUCCAAACUACACCCGCUCAGACGCCUCUUCCCCACACACAGCUGAUGUUAACAGGCGGCCAGCUGGCAGGAUUGACUGCACUUUUGCCUGCACAGCAACAACUGCUCUUACAGCAGGCGCAGCUCCUCGCCGCCGCCGUGCAGCAGUCGCACGCGGCCCAUGCAGCCAAUCAACAGCAAGCACAGCAGCAGGCCAAACAGCAGGCCGCUCAGACGCAGUCGCACGGCCAGUCGCAGAACACACAAGAACAAUCCGCCGCCCCCGUCCCGUCUCAUCCUCACCAGCUCCCUCUUACUCAGCCAAUCCAACUCACUGCCCAGGACAUUCAGCAGCUGUUGCAGCUGCAGCAGUUAGUUCUCGUCCCAGGACACAGCUUGCCUUCACCCGCACAGUUUUUUUUACCACAGCAAGGGCAGCAAGGGAUGCUUUCAACACCAAAUCUAAUUCCACUACCUCAGCAAAACCAAGGAAGCCUGCUGGCCGCCCCGCACAGACUUGGUCUUCAAGCACAGAGAGAGAAACUUGCUGAGAGCAGUGUUACCACGGUAACUCCAGUGACCUCUCACCCCGAGGAACCCAGCGACCUGGAGGAACUGGAGCAAUUUGCACGGACGUUCAAACAGCGAAGAAUCAAGUUGGGCUUCACGCAGGGUGAUGUGGGACUGGCCAUGGGGAAGCUUUACGGCAAUGAUUUCAGUCAAACCACCAUCUCUCGAUUUGAGGCGCUCAAUCUCAGCUUUAAGAACAUGUGCAAGCUCAAACCUUUGCUUGAGAAGUGGCUCACCGAUGCAGAGAUUAUGUCGAUGGACAGCACCAUGCCAAGUCCCAGCUCUCUCUCCUCUCCUUCACUGGGCAUUGACGGCUUGCCUGGCCGCCGCAGGAAGAAACGCACCAGCAUUGAGACCAAUGUCCGCGUUGCUCUGGAACGCAGCUUUAUUACGAACCAGAAGCCUACCUCAGAGGAGAUCCAGCUCAUCGCAGACAAGCUCAACAUGGAGAAGGAGGUGAUCCGCGUCUGGUUCUGCAACCGCCGACAGAAAGAGAAACGUAUAAACCCCAACAGUGCCACCUCUCCCUUGCCCAGCCAAUCCCAGCCCACCUCGCACAACCCCCCCUGCUACAGCCCGCACAUGAUGGCCAGUCAGGGUCCAUCCCAGACGGUGACCAGUCUCAGUACAGCAGUGACCACCAUGUCAUCAGUUUGCCCGUUGACCCCGAGUGGUCCUUCAUUAAGCUCCGCCCCAUCUCCAGUAACUCCACCUCCCCGCAGUAACUCCAGCCCCGCCCCUCCGAUUAACAGCACACUAAGUCUGAACACAGGUUCUUGGCAUAAAAAGAAUGGAGACGUUUCUAACUACAUCAAUGAUUUUGCUGCCAGUCUGAGAAAUACGAUGAGGAGCUUUAACGCGGGAAUGAACCAAGCUCUUCUUGCCAACAACCCACUUGCUACUAUCCAAGCACUAGCAGCCAGUGGUGGCCAGCUGCCCAUUUCCAGUCUUGAAGGAAGCAGCAAGAUUUUAUUUGGUGGUUCUGGGGCCCAGGGAGCAAGUCUUCCCUCUUCUCUUUUCAUCAACCACUCCUCUUUGUUGCCCAUGGCGACAGGCGCCGGCAUGGGAUUGGGCGAUUCCGCUAUCGCCCAUGCAGCCAAAACAUCAUUCCCUCUCAUCGGCGGCAUGAGUCCCUCCCCUUGCUCAAGCCCCGCCUCUUCCUGCUCUUCCAAUGAUUUGGUACACAGCCCUCACUCGAUGGGAGGGGCUAAAAUUGAGUGACACUGCCCGUAGGCCAAUCACAGGAGGAGGAGGAGGUGAAACCUCACCUGUCAACCAAAGCAUCUUUUGAUCUCCUUCCUCCCUUUCAUGUCAUCCUUCCCACUCUUUUUCUUCUUCUCUCCCACUCUAACGAUACCAAAAAUACACCAAGUAUAAGAGGGGAGAGACGGAGAGACAGAAUGGAAGGAGAAAGGAAGGAGGAGGAAAUAUGAAACCAAAAAAACACCACGAGGCUUAGCAGGACGCAGCCAAAUACGUAACCUAAGAUAACUAUUCGAGCGAAUAGCGCAGUGUGAAGAGGAGAACGAGAUCCUUGGAAUCUUUGUGCACCAAAAACAACAAAAGAACUUGGAAUGUGUUGUAGACAACGAUAGGAGAGUUUCAACUCUCAGAAGCAACUGCGUGGAGUACUGAAAACCAAAAAGUAUAAUGGAACUUUUAGAGACUCACUAUGACAAAAAAUACAAGCAUACCAAAAUCUCAAAUACCAAAAACAAACACCAAAAAUACGGAUGGAAAAGCUUUAUCCAAAGGACCUGUAAAUAGCCAGCCGUCCAGGACCAGAUCCAGCGACACAAUCCAGCCAUCUCUGAGCUCAUCAUCUACCAUAAAAUCACACUGUCUGUCUUCUGUACAUUUUACCAUUAAGUUGUAUUUUAGCAUUAGUUGUACAUCUGAGCCAUGCCUUUGUUUUCAUAACUAGUUUAGACUUUCUCAGUUUUUUUCUCUUUCUUCCUCAUUUCUCGUAUUUUACCGAAGGUAGCAGGUUUGCCAUCUUUGUUGAAUGGCCAUCAUCAUCAUCAGUCUUAUCAGCAUGUAGCAAGAGUUUCCAUAGAUUCAUCCUGUGAAAUGGAUGCGGUACAUUCAAUCCUGUAAUAGUGACACCAACCCUCUCUAUCUCUCUCUUUUUCUGUAGUAUUCAUACCUGUAGUAAAGUGUAAAUAAUCUCUUCACGUCUGUCUUAAUAACGCUCAUUGCAUUAGUCAUCCAUCACGCGUUCCGUUACUCACUCUCUCCCUUAUGAAUACCAAAGCGAUUCAUUCACACUCAUUCAUUAUUCAAGCGACACAGGAAGUGAUCGGGAGCCAAGACCUUGGUAACCCCACUUACACACGGGAAACACGUGGGAUAUGUCUUGGUAAAGAGGCUUCCCGUCCUCCAGCUUUCUUUACAAGCCAAAAAUGACACUAAACUUCACAGCCAGCCAAAGUUCCACUAACCCAGAAAGGAAAAACAAAAACAAACCAAAUAUCGGUGGAGAGGAAUUGAGUCGCUGUACAGAAUAAAUAGACAUCCCUUCAUGUGUCUGGGCCAAGGUCACCCAGAACUGUAGCAAGGGAUGGAUGGAUGGGAUUCCUCUGCCUACUGUCAUUCAAAACUCUUUCUGGUCCUGGGUGGCGGGAUCUUUGAUGACCUCACUGAACUCAUCUGAAGAAGAUGUUUUGGGUUUGUUUGGGGGUUGGGAGGGUCGUUCUUUUUGGUCAUUUGUUCCGUCUGUGCGGUUUUUCGCUGCGGUGUGUGUAGAUGCUGUACUUCUUCAUUUGUGUGCUAUCAUUUGGGGAAAAGGUAUCUCAUUUUUUGCGUUCCUUGUUCCUAUCUUGUUGUGUUAGAGACUCUAAUCAGGUGGAUGAAACAAUACUGUGAAAAUUCAGUACAGCAGACAAAGAACCAGGAUAAACACACGCAUCCAAAGAACCAAAGUCGAAUAUAAGCAAGCUUUAAAGAGAACCAAAUAUCAUAUGCUCUGCAAUUUCCAUAUUCUCAUCCACCCAACCGUACAGUUGUAUUUAUAUCGUGCUGAAAUCUGUAGCAGGUUCAAUGAGGGAUGGAGAACAUGAACUCACCGUAUAGUCCGAAAGGGUCGGUUAGCGCUUCUAUAGAUUUCGUAGUAAAUUAUCUAUGUUAUAAUGCUUACUUAUUGCUAAUGUAUGGAAGAAAAACAUUGUGAAAAGAUUAAAAAAAUGUUGAUAUUUACUUAGACCAAAAAUCCAUGCUCAUCUCGCUUUUGAGUUCUUCGUGUUUUCUUCCUCCCCCGUUUUAAACGAAUUCGAUUCUUAUUUAUUCUCCUCUCGCUGGUGUGCGGAGUUUCUUCAUUUUGUAAGAUUUCUUUAAUAUAUUCCAAAUGCUGUUUUGUAGUGGGUGUGUUUGAGGCACCAGAUUGUAUUACGAUGUAAACUUCCUUUGCCAAGGCAACCUUUCAAACCAAAUCCAUCGACAAAUGCAACCGUCGGUCUCGAGCGACCGACCGCGACGUGGUCGACGCUCAUCUUCUCAACCUCUAAACUGUCCCUUACUGAGACAGCUUAGCCUGCGGAGGGGUAACCUAUCAGGGGAAAAGCAGCACUGUGUUUCUUCUACUGAAAUGUUGUGGUAGCGUUCGUUCACAACGUUGAAGUAACCUUCCAGAGUAAAAGCAUGCACUGCCAUGGUUUGGAAUGGAACGGUGAGGAAGGGGUGAGAUUAUAAUCGACAGAAAACAUAUCUUUGGACUGUUUACUUGUCUUAAUAUCUUCUUAUACCUGUCUCACUACAGAUGAUGUUAGCCAUCGUGUUGCUAUAGUUACUGUUGUGAAGGCUACCAUGCGUGUAUGUUGAGCGCAGUGCUGUCGUUAGCCUUGACCUGAAAGCUUUAAACAGCUACAAAACCAAAAACUUUAGGAGAGAAAAGAUGGAGGUAUUUGGGUGGAAGGGGUUCCCGGGGGGAGAGAAUACAGCCAAAUAUUAUGUAUUGUGUGAUAGCAGAAAUGUAUAGACCGCGCUAUCUCCAUCUUCCUCUCUUUUGCUCUCUGCCUCACUUCUCUUUUUCCUGUUCCUGCUUUGUUUUUGUGUGAAUGUUUGUAGUUUCGUCUCUUAGGUAGUGAGUGUAAAAGAAAGAUAGUUCCUCAUAUACCUCACGCUCUUCACUGAUAAACCAAAUAGAUGAAUGCUUUAAACAUUUAGAGAGGCGGGCCGUAUCCGCUAAUAGGACACGGAAAGAAGCGUUCUGAUUGGCCGGAGCUGAGGGAUUAUAUACUGAAAGAUCUUGAGUGAUGAUGAUGAAAGCCCCGUUCAGAACGUAGAACUUUGGUCUGUUCACUUCCUCUGUCCUGCACCAGCCCCUGGAACCACAUUUCCAGUCACUAAACACAGGGCACGAUGUGAGAAAUAUAUACACUUAUUGUGUAUGGCUAUAUAAAUCAGACGGGUGACUGAGAGGAGGGGGUGACUGUUGUUGCUAGGUGACAAAUUUUAUGUCUAAAAAUGGAGAUGUGUUGUAGAGGAAAAUAGGGGGAUCCCACUUUCCCAUGUUUUUUAUUCACCUUAUAGUCAGGCAUUAUAUUGGUUAUCUGAAAAAAACUCUUUUGAUAUGCAAGUAAUGAACUGCAGUGUAAGGGAGCGUGUUCAAAGUGUGAGUCUCUUAAUGGCGUGAAUCUCCAGAGAAUGAUACCAAAGCAACACCCCAUUCUGAGACCAAACACAGCAGACACAUUCCCUAAAAAUAACUGUUCAGAUUUUCCGAUUCUCUUUGUUCUGAUCCUCCUAUAUCAUAAAAACAUUUCCCAUAAAGAGAAAUAAACUUUAUUUAAAACUUUGAUAAAUCCUGACCAGGUUAAGAGAACUGUAUGUUACAGAGCUGCUCUUGUUUUACUAUUCUUACGAUACUUUCUCUGUAUUAUAAUAAAAAUGAAACAGCUUCAGUCCAAAGGUGUUUAAAAAGAUUUUUUUAAAUAACAAAGAACUUAAACACAUCUAGUUAAACCAAAGAGCUACACUGACAUCCUCCAUUGCUUUUAUUUUUGGUCUCUUUCUCUGGUCACCUAGCAACCCAGUUUCUGAAGGUAUAAACUCAACUACUAUACAAAGUAAAUGAUCAAAUGUAUAUUUUUAAUUAUCUAUUAUAUGGGGGAAAGCAUCAUGAUGAUGAUCUUAAAGAAAAGACUCAGUAUGUGUAUGCUAUUUUUUUUCUUUGGUUAGUGAUCUGUCUCAAUCUCUUCAUGUUCACUGCUCACUCAAUGCAUAAAUGCAAGUCUGUCAUUGUCGCCUGUGUGUACAAACGUUCAUGUAUGCAUGUUACACACUUUGGACUCAUAGUUAACAAAUGCAGUUAUGUUGGUAGUGUGGAAAUGUGUGUGAAUGUGAGGGUCUAAUCUGAUGUACGCUGUCACAUUUUACCCUUCCAUUUGCUCUUUUUAAUUGACUUGUUAUUUUUGAGUUGAGCAGUUCUUCUUUCUCUUUUCUUCUGUGUCUCUCUUCCUCCCUAAGGUGACAGGUUAGCCUUUUGGUGUAAUUAUCUCUGAAACCAAAAAAUUGUUGACAAAACUCGCUUGUGCAUUGUACAGUGUUGUUCAUUUAAAGUCAUUUUUGUAACUGAAAGUGUUUCACUCAUCUGAA